AUGAAUGCGAAUGGAUUCUUCUUCUUUAAGUUCAACACUAAGGAAGGGAUGGACAAGAUGUUAGAGGAUGGGCCAUGGUUGAUUAGGAAUGUUCCGAUUAUUUUGAAGGAGUGGUCGGCCUCUACCAAACUUGAGAAAGAGGAUAUUAAAGCUAUUCCAGUGUGGGUUAAGAUGCAUGAUGUGCCGUUAGCGGCAUAUACUGAGGAUGGUCUUAGUUUGGUUGCUUCUAAGUUAGGGGUGCCUAAGAUGUUGGAUUCGUAUACUGCCACGAUGUGUGCUGAAUCCUGGGGUAGAAGUAGUUAUGCCAGAGCUCUAAUUGAAGUGCAGGCGGGGACUGAUCUAAAAAGAAGUGUUACUGUUGCAGUUCCAUCUUUAGAUGGUAAUGGCUAUUCUAAGGUGGAGGUCAAAAUUGACUAUGAUUGGGAGCCUUUAAGGUGUUCUUCUUGCUGUGUUUUUGGUCACGAUGAUAAUUCGUGUCCUAAGAGCCCUCAGGUAAACAUGGGCGGGGAUACUGAGAAGCAGAAAAAUGAUGAUUUUCAGGUCGUAGGAGCCAAAAAGAAAAAACCUAAUAAUCAAGGGCUUCAUAUGAAAAACCAGAAGCCAAAGGUUGUUUACAGGCCAGUUGUCAACCCUAAGCCCAAAUCGUCCUCAAAGAGCCCGGUGCAGAAUCAGGUUUUAACGUCUAACCCGUUUGAAGUUCUAAAGGAUGAUAAUGGUAAUCAGGGAGGUUCUACUGGGGGUCGAGUGGAGAAGAAACCGUCUACGGACAGGGAGGAUUCGGAUGAAGAAGUGGUGGAGGAAAUCUACAAUGAAACUAGUAAAUUUAUGACAUCGGGCAUUCAUCAUUCUUCUUCGUCUUCGAAAGCAGGGGCAAGCACCUCUUCUUCCAAAUUCUCGAAUGGAUAG